AAUUUACUCGGUGCAGAUACCAGGGACUUUAUAUGGGAUGACGAGGCUAAAAAGUGCCGCAAAUUAAAAAUUGAAUUCAACAAGAUCAAACGUGAUCUGGAGGACUGUUGCACCACCAAUGAUAGCACACUAGUGUCAUCAACCACUCCAGACGUUCAACAAGAUAAUCAAUCUCGUCGUCUAGCUAUAACUGAUGACCAUUUUCAAUGUCAAUACCGUAAAUUUGAGCAGGGCCUAUCAAAUAUAUUUUCCAAAAUCUAUGAACGGGCCGUGGAGUUGGAGUUAUCGGUGAUUCCCAUCGCAAUGCCUAUCAAUGAAAGGCGACAAACAUUUAAUGAGUUGGAAAUGAGUCGUUUGAAUGAAUUAUUUACGGCAACCAAACUGCUCAGGAAUGUACUGACGGCGCCUACAGUCAUACCCAAGACUACUGAUGAAACCAUUAUGACCGCCGAUACUAAAUGCGUUCAGGAAAUCACAAAUGUGGUCCAUUUCUCAAAGAGACUGGUCAGUUUUAAUAACAUAUCUGACCAUGAUCGUAUUCACCUAAUCAAGAACUCGAGCAUUCAGUUAUUUGCUAUGAGAUCAGUAUCUUAUUAUAAUCCCGAUGAUGGAUGUUGGUAUAUGGACCUGAAUAAUGGGAAAGUUUUCCAGAUUAAGCUGGAUACAAUGAGAUACAGUCGCAAUAGUACUAUAGUUUACUCUAGAUUUAAAGAGUAUCUCACAAAAUUAAAACACGAGAUUGACUCGGACCAAAAUAUACUUGACCUGAUGACCGCUAUUGUAUUAUUUAACCCUGAUAACGCCGGGCUCGAGAAUGUUGAUACAAUCAAGUUAGUGUAUAAC